UGUCACCUGUGUUGGAGCUGGACAGAGUGAUCCCCGGGGUGACUGACGUCAGCUUGAUCUGGACCGUAGAAGGGAACCUGACCCAGAACAAACUCCUUUGUCAGGUUUCUGCAGCGAAUGACACCAACAGAGAGCUGCCUUGCAGCAGUGAGGAUGGUCCCUGUAAAGUGCGUCUGGAUGGCCUGCGUCCAAACAGGACUUACUCUGCUAAGGUGCGCUGUUCCAUCAAUGGGAGAUUUUGGGGACAAUGGACCGCGCCUGUACCAUUUACAACACUGGUAACCUUGGACUUAUGGAGGAGAAUAGAGAGCAAACCUGAUUCAGGCAUUCGUAAUGUCACUCUGCUAUGGAAGCCUCCUGCUUUUGGUACAGCAACCUCAGUGAAGAUCCAAAGCUAUGCAGUCCAGUGGUCACAGGAAGGUCAAACUGUGACAGAGCUGAAGGACAGCGGCCAGAGUCAGGCAGUCGUCCUGAUUGGUCCCAGCAGGUGUAACUUUACUGUUCAAGCUGCUCUCAGCACGGGGUCAUCCAUCUCAGCCCGCAUCAUCAUCCCGCCAAAGGACGACUCAGAAAUCCCUCCAGUGAAGAAGCGCCUGAGCAGAACAGCUGAUGGUUUCCAUCUGUGGUGGAAUGAGCAAACUUCAGUCACCUGCGGUCACACCGUGGAGUGGUGCAUCAUGGGAAGCAAAGCACCCUGCACGCUGCAGUGGAUGAAAGUGCCUAAAGGAAACAGCACUUUCUUACCUGCAGGAUACUUCAAACCGGAAUUGAGAUAUUCAUUCAAUAUUUAUGGAUGCACAGAUCAUGGAGACAAACUGCUGGAGACACAGACUGGAUACUUUAAGGAGUCCAGAUAUGUGGAGCCCCCAAGAAUAAUACAACCUGUUAAAAGGACAUAUACAUCUGUGACACUGGAGUGGCACUAUGACGAAGACGAUCCAGCCCAGAGGGCAUUCAUCACUGGUUACCUGGUAACGGUGCAGGAAGUGCAGACUGAUGCUCGUUUAGGUCAUGCUGCAAUUUUAUUCAACGUUUCCGUGGGCGAUCCCCGGCAAAAGUCAGUAACCAUGGAGGGUCUGCAGCAGGACCAGGAAUAUGUCUGCUCUGUGAGGGCUCUGACUACAGUUGGGCCCGGAUCAGCUGCCAGCAUUACCAUCAGGACCAAAGUUAACAAUUUUUCCCACUUACCAAAGAUCUUGACUCCCAUCCUGCUCCUGCUGGGCUGCACCGUUCUGCUGUGGCCACAAAGGAAAAUUUUAAAAAAUGGACUGAGGGAGAUAUUUACUUAUCCUGCUGGUAUGAACAUCAAAACUCCUGAGUUUGAGAGCUUCUUGAAUGAGACUGGUCAGAAGCUGCAGUCUCAGAGAGAGGAAGAGUGCAUCAGCUGUGACAUUGAAGUCUUGACAGUCAAACCUUUGUGGCAUGAAAGCUCAAUCCUGAUGGAUCCUGAGGGUACGGACACAAUGUGCUCGCCUGCUCCCCAGUCGUCUCUUCCUCCUUCCUGUCCACUCCAAACAGGCUACCGGCCUCAGUCUGCUGUCCUGCUCUGUCAAACACCCCCCCAUCAGCAGCUGAGGUGCAUUGUAAACAAGAGCUACUUGAGCCCCAUCACUGAGUUUAGUGAAAUCAGAUCCAGCUUUGAGACGUCCGACUGCCUGCAGGGAUCAUGUGCAGAACUUUAUGGUUACAUCUCUGAUGGUUAAACACAAAACAAACAAUGUUGAGCCUUUUUGCUCUCCCAUUCAAGAGUAUAAAAACUCUAAAAGUGGAGGCAAAAUGUUAAAACCUAGUGCACUGUUGCUUCUAAACCUCAUUUUGUGAUUUCUACCACACUCUUAACAUGCCUUAUUUUGGUGUGUUUGGUUUCAGAAUCUUUCAGAUUGCAUCACGGCACAGCAGUGAAUGCAUGCGAAACGCACGAAAGCAACUCACUUUACUCAUCAUGAUAAACACAGAGGGAACUAGAGGUUUUAUCUACAGGAUGUAUAGAGAGAGCAGGUAUGAGAUAGGAAAGAUGCAAGGUGGAGAUUAGUUAAAACAGUUUCAGAAACUACACUGAACUGUCUUGAAAGUGAGAUAUAAUGUGAAAAGUUCAUCUUAACCACAGGUAAACCUUCUGGUUUUCAGGUCACACGAGGCAAUAAAACAUUUAAACUUUUAGUUGCAGAUUUAAUAUGAUGGUACAUGAAUGUUCUGCUCUCCCCGGAAAAGGGUGCAUUGCAUUGAGCAGGGGGUCAGUGACUACAGCCAGAGGGAGAAAUGUCCUUUCAAAGUAUGUUUGUGCUUGAAUGGACCAGUCAAAGCCCAGGCCUAAAUCCAAUUGAGAAUCUAUGACGAGAUUUGAAAGCUGAUGUUCACAGCGGCUCAGCGACUGAACCACUAAAGCCCUGCAGCUUUAACUGCAGUGUGGUUUCAGAAAUAUGUGACACUUUGUGUUGAUCUAACACUUAAAAUGCCAAUCAAAUAUUUAAAUGUUUCCUGUAAAUACUUUUGCAUAUAUUGUUAAGUGUUUUGUGUCCCUGAAAUAAGAUAAAUUGUUUUUUUCUGUUCUUUGGAGAAAAUACCAAUGGAAAAGAAAAAUUCAAUAGAGAAAGGUCACAACCUGUUGCAGAACUCGGUACCAUGUUUGUAAAUCCUGUGACGAAGGGAUCAUCAGUUUCACUGUAAAUAAGUGUAAAUGUAAUAUGGAAUAAUAAAGCCAUUAACUUCUGCUGU